AUGGAGGCGCAGGAGUCGGGUGAGAUGAUGGCCAGCUUGGAUGAGGCCAUGUUCGCACUAGAUGGUCUGAAGCUGCGGCAGCCAAUCAGGGUGCAGAGGUCAGCUGCCACGUCACUGGCGUCCAUCUGCUCGGCUGUGGACCGCCGUCGCCUGCUGCGCUCGCAGGGGCUAAUAAAGCAGAUCAUGGAUGCUCUUCUGCUUCUCCCAAUAACGGAUCAUCCUCUUGCGCUGGCCGCUGCCUCUAUUUUUUUCUUCGUCUCCUCUGAUGACGUGGAAAGCGACUUCCCAGACCCGUCCCAUGCGCUCAGCUUCCUUCUAGCCCUCUUGAAACACCACAGCGCCCCCGCCCCUCCACCUGCCGGCCCAGGCUCUCGUCCCGCACCUGCAUCUGCAUCUGCUGCCACUCGCGACCCAUCUCCUCCUGCCAGGGCAAGAUUCAGCUGGCGAGAAUGCCCUGUCAAGGGGGGGGAGAGGCGGGAGGCGGAAGCUGCAGCAGCAGCAGAGUGUAAGGUCAGGAAGCUGUUUCCGAGAGGGUUUGGGGGAGUGCUGUGGGAUGGGGAGGAGGAGGAAGGGGAGGGGGAGGGGCAGCGGGAGGAGGAAGGGGGAAGAGGCCGUGGUGGUGGUACUGGUGGUGCUGGUGCUGCUGGUGGUACCGGCGAUGGUGAUGGUGGUGGUGGUGGUGGGUCGUCGGAUGUGACUGUUGUGGCGCUGGUGUUGGCCACGCUGAAGCGGAUUUGCUCUUCUGUUAUCGCCCUCCAAGCACCAGACAGCACCCUGCCGCCCUUCUCCACCGGUGGGCCCGGGCGGCAUCAGCUCAUGCGAGUGGGGCUCAAGGACGAAAUGCGCCGCCUGGGAGGGCUGCAACUGGUGGCGGCCGUGGCUGCCAGGCACAUGCUGCAGCUGGCACGCUCUACACUCCAGCCAUGUGCAGGUGGCGUGGGAGAGGAAGCAGAGAGGGAAGCAGCAGCAGGAGAUGUCAAAAGGCGGAAGCUGGGGAACAAGGAGCAUGCACUCGGACUCAAGAAGAAGCACCACUUGCAGCAGCACCACAAGCGGAUGGGUGGCUCUGAAGCAGCAGUAGCAGCAUCAGCAGCCAAUGAGGGACUGACAUUUGGCGGAAGAAUCUCCGCCAGUGCUGAUGUGGCGACGAGCUGUUUGGGCGUGUUGGAGCAUGUGACGUUCAUGAGCCGCGAUAACCAGGACUAUCUCAUCCACCUCUCCUUGCCCACUGACACUCUACCUGGAGCAAAGCGAAGAAAGUUGUCCGGCUGCCGCACCGCCUCUGCCGCUGCCGUGCCCCUCGUGGCCACAGUGGCCUCGAGUGGGGUUCUAGGGGAAGGGAGGGGAGUCAGCAGCAGUGAGCGGCCAUUUCUUGCUCUCCUGUUGGAGUGCCUGGAACGCCUUGCAGGUGGUGGGGCCGUUCAUGGCUCAAGGGGCAAGGAGAGCGCUAGCUCUUCAGGAACAGAUUCCGAGGGGGAUGAGGGUAGAGCAGUGGGAGGGACAGUGGGGGCCAGGGGUGGGGGAAAGGUUAUUCUGGGCGAUGCUGUGCCUCUGGACUUGGGGCGAGAGGAGGGGAGUGAGGAGGGCGAAGAGGGGAGUGGGGAGGACGAGAAGGGAAGUGGGCGAAAUAGGAGGAAGAGAGUGUGUGGGGUGGCUGCAAAGGGGAAGUCUGGUGGGGGGAGGAGAGGGGUCCAGGCAGGUGGCAAGGAGAGGGCAUCCGCAGACCCGUUUUCCUUUGACCCAUGGGAGGAGGAGGGUACAGGGAGGGUUUCAGGGAAGAUUGCAGGGAGGGUUGCAGUUAGUGCUGCAGGGAGGGCAGGUGCAGGGAAGAGCAGCAGCGUUGAUAAGGGGCAGCAGGGAAAGGCGUCUUACACUUCGGGCGCAAGGCGUAGUGCUGUGAAGGAUGUUGUGCAAGAGCAAGAGCAGGGCGUAAUGCUGGGAGAGGCAGUGGAGGGGGAUUCUGAUGAGGAGGGAUGGCGAUAUUGCAAGAAUGGUGCUCAUCUCAUGGAGGUCAGGCAUGGUGCUGUGGUGCUGGGGAAAGAUGUGUCGGCAACAGAAGAGGACCAGGAGAAGGAGGGGGAAGGGGAGGAGGAUGGGGAAGAGGGAGGGUUGGGAAUCUGCAAGGAUCGCUGUGGUGCAGUAGGGACUCGCUGUGGUGCUGUCGGGACUCGCUGUGGUGCUGUCGGUAGAGGAGGAGCAAUUGUAUUGGGCGAGGCGGUAGGGGAGGAGCAGGAGGGCUCUGAUGAGGGGGGGUGGGAGGAAUCUGGGUUGAGUGGCAGGGGAAGGCACGGUCGAGCGAGUGGUGCGAUUGGGGGCGGUUCAGGGGUGAGAGAGGGCGGUGAUGGACGGCUGGGGAGGAGUGUGGGAGUGUUGAAGGAUCCAUAUGAGUUUCUCAUGGACUCACAAGUGGAGGAGGAGCUAUUAGUGUGGGAGGUGCAGUUGUUGGGGGGGGAUUGGGGGGGGAUGGGGGGAGGGGAGGGGUGUGGGAAGGGGCGGGGUGGUGUGUGUGGGUCGGGGAUAAGGCUGGGGGAGGAGGUGGAGGGAUGGAGCAGUGGGAGUGAUGGUGAGGGUGGUGGAUUUUGUAGGCAUGCAUGCGUGGGGGGGAAUGCGAGGAAGGUGCAACAUAGGAGGGAACAAAAUGGGAGGUCGCAAAACAGGAGGGCUCACGGCAAGAAGAAAUGGGAGGAGAAGAGGCAAAGGAGGCAUGGGGAGGGCGAGAAGGAUCACCAGAACACUGGAGCAUGUGGGUUGGACGAUGGAGUGCAGGGGAGGGGGAAAGGGGCAAUUAAUGGGGGAGGGGAUGACAGGGGGGAGUGUGAUAAAGCUGAAAGGACUUGUGAGGGACGGGAAAGGGAGGGUGCAGGGAGCGGGGAAGGUGGGCACUGGGAAGGAGAUGGUGACGUGCUGGUGGUGCUGCUGGGCCUGAUAGUCAACCUGGUGGAAGCUGAUGGUGACGCCAGGGUGCUGAGAAUGCUGGGUGCAGUAGCGGAGAUGGGCGUGAAGCCCCUAUAUGUGUAUGCACUCAUGCUGGUGGUGCUUCUGGGUUUGAUGGUCAACCUCGUGGAAGCUGAUAGUGACGCCAGAUCCCUACUGGCAGCAGCCACUUGCACGAGGCGAAAGCAGGGCCAGCUGCACUCCAAGCAGCACAGAGCCAGAGACUACAGCAAAUACAGCACCCAGCAGCACAAGGCCCAUGGAGACAGCAUGCAGCAGCACAGUGCCACCAGCAGUGGGAGCCGUGGGCAAGAGCAGGCAGGGAGGGCAGAGGAGAGCGUGUCGAUGGUGUCCCUCCUGUGCGCCAUCUUUGCAUCUCGCCAAAAAAGCUCCGAGCAGCAAAAGAAGCAGCAGCUGCAGCAGCAGCAGCAGCAGCAGCAGCAGCAGCAGCAGCAGCAGCAGCAGCAGCAGCAGCAGCAGCAGCAGCAGCAAAAGGAGAGGCAGGAUUUCGCUGCCAAAUGUCAGAUUUCGGAGCGCUCCAGCCACGAGGAAAGGAGCACGGCGGUGGUGAGAGGGAGUGAGGGUGCAGAAGAGAUGGGAAUGGCGGAGCAGAGGCGACUGGCGGAGCGGGAGGUGGAGGAGCUGCAGAUGAGCGUGCUGGGGCAGGGCGAGAUGGUGCUGCAGGGGGAAACGAUGGGAGGUGUGGGGACUGGAAAGGAGGAGAUGGGGAAGGCCAUGGGGGAGGAGAUGGGGUCGGGCGAGAUGGUGAUGUCGAUGAUGGUGGAGGGGGCAGUGGAGGCGGAGCAGCUGAUCAUGGAGUCACAUGCUGCUCUGCUGCUCGGAUUGCUGGCGCAGCACAGCGAGGCUGUCUGUCACUCCAUCUGCCGCCAGCUGCCAGGCUCCUCCCUCCACCCGCUGGCUCCUGUUCUGCGGCAAUUCAUGGCGUUCCAUGACAGUGUGGGAGCACUCACUGACGAGUCACGACAGCUGCUGCGCCAAGUCAUUGUCUUCUGUGCUUCUCACAAGCAGGUCUAG